GAUUUUAACAUAACAUUUUAUUUACCCUAAGAUGAAAAAAGGGUGAUGUGGAGACUAAAAUUUAGCUUUGCUCCUAGAACUUCCAUUGGGGAUAACUCAUUUCUGCAUCCUGAUUUUAAAUUGAAAAUAAUACUUUUUUGUAUGCAACUUAAAAAAUCUUGUUUGCAAUUAAUGGCCUAUAUUUUGGGGAGUAUUUCGUUGUAUAGUCUGACAUAGAAAACAUUGAUUUUGAAAGGAAACUAAAGGUUUUCUGACAACUCUGAGGGGGUGUACUCAAUUAUGCUGAGCACUGUACAACAGGGAUCAGCAUUUUUAUAAAGAACAUCAAAACGUACCUAAGACCGUUUUCUUCAUUUUUUCUAAAAUAAGAAAUGUGAAUUUCUGUAGGGUUGCAUAAUGAUCCUUUUUCUUUUGUGAGUACUUAACAUGACAAUGCAAUCUAGCGUUCAGUUCCUUGGGGACUGACUCCUCUGCUGUGGCUCAGUGAAAGAGGCAGUCGUAUCUCAAUCUGUAGGUCAGGGGUUUGAACCGGAGCUGGUCUAAAUGGAUGGGCUCUUUGUCCAAAGGUAUAGAAACAGUACAAAAAUAUGGCAUUAUUCAUGUUAUUCUUUCAUCACUGAGGGGAUCAGCUGUAGUUGACAAAAGGAACAGACACAAGCAAAGAGAAAAAUGCAUGAAUGAAUGAAUCAAUGGAUGGAUGAAUGGAUGGAUGAAUAAAUAGAUCAUUAAAAAAUGAAUGAUUAAACACGAUAAUAGUAAACGUUACAAAUACAAAUUUUUAAUUUUCCACUUGAAGAGGAAAACUGUCCUGUAACCUAAUGAAUGAAAACACAGCUGGCCCAAGCCUCAAUGGGCCCCUAAGCAAAAUGUGGUUUUGGGGCCCUCUAUUUCUGCCAAUAAUAUUGAUUGUUCAUCAUUCACACACCUUCACAAAUCUCUUUGAUUACCAUGUGCCCCACAACUACCUGCUCUUUGGCUGCUCAGUGCACAUUACACAGCAGGAGGCACAUAAAGGUAGAGGAGCUUUGACAUAUCGGCAGUAAGAAUCUUAGGCCUACAUCAGCAGCAGCACUAAAAUGUAUUUACUUCAUUUUAUUUUUACAAAAAUACAUAUUUAAACAUGGAAGCAUUUGAUUGCUCUUGGAGGCCCCCUAUUGGCCGCGGGGCCCUAAGCAGGCGCUUGGUUCGCUUAUGCCUUGGGCCGGCUCUAAAUAAAAAUUUGCACUGUUUUUUGGAAAUCUUCGACGCAUCGGAGGUGGCGGGUCUGAUUGGUUGCAGUUCCCCUCCCUUCCACCGCACGGCAGUGCCUCACGAAAAAAACAACAACAACCUGCGAGUGACGUAGGGGAUGACGCAGUGUCCGGAAGUGAAAGAAGACGGAAGAAGAAAAUGGAGGCGGCAGUGUUCAUUCUGUCGUUGGUGGACUGCUGUGCACUGAUUUUCCUCUCGGUAUACUUCGUAUCCUUUCCCAUAAUGGUUGGCUGUCUGUGGAGAAGGUUCAGCGUGCAGGCGGACGGAUUUAAAGCUAUUUAUGUGUAAAGUUCGAUCUUACUUAGCUUUCUAGUGCAGAGAAUGGUUGGUUAGCCGGUUAGCUGAAAUCAGGAAGAGGCUGACAGAGAGAGGAUGGUGUAAUACAGGUAUCUGUUGUAAGACACAUGAGGACUCACAGGAGCCUUGUAACUACGGGACAGUUUUACGAGAAAUCCUGAUGUCUUGAUGCUAUAAAUGCUUUUAAUUGAGCCAUAAAUCGGGACUACAGGCAGGCCAGUUUAGCAGCAGGACUCUUGAACACAGAGGCAUGCUGUUGUAAUCCCUGCAAAAUGUGGUUUGUCAUUGUCUUCCUAAAUUAUGAAGGUCUAUCUUUGUCUUUAUGGCGGCAGAUGUUGCUCCUAAACCUGUGAUUAUUGUUCAACAUUAAUGGAGCCUUCACAUGUGUGGUAGCUACCCAUGACAUAGGGCUGGGCGAUAAAAGGAUUACAACAUACAUUGAAAAUGAAUUUCCCUCAAUACCAAGAUAAAACAUGGUCAAUAUGCUUUUCGAUAGUCGGCAUUCUGCCAUGUUUUGGUAGACUAAACGAAUAGCCAAUGAAAAGGGUACUUGCUCCAGGUCUACACCAAUCAUGUGCUGAAUUAGAACCAAGUAGCAAACAACUGCGUAGUAGCGGGCUGCAGCUACACGCAACCAUAGCACUUUAACACAUGAAGCCCACAGAGCAGAGCAAAGGUUAAAUGCAACAGGAAACGUUGGUGGUGUGGAGGUAUUUUGGUUUUUGAGGUCGGACAUGAAGCAAAGUAAUGUUCACUGCAAAUUAUGUCAGGUACAUGUUCUCACAAGGUCGGGGGAGACCCCAAUUUUUUUCUACCAUUUGAAGUAGUGCCACGGGGCAGAGCAAAGGUUAAAUGCAAAAGGUUACAUGGCGCCUGUGCAGCCGAAACAGCCCACCAUUCAGUUCACUUUCUGUAGCACAACAAAACAUCGAAGAGACACAAAGACAUCACAGGUGAAGUAGCUUAUUGUAUCGCAAAAGACAUGCUACCAAUAAGCACUGUUAAAUCUCAUUUAAGAGUAACAGGGAACAUUUCAGAUUGACAAGUUUUGUUUUUUUAUAUCGUGAUAUAUAUCGAUAUUGACUGAUAUGAAAAAUAUAUAUCGUGAUAAACUUUUUCCCAUAUCGCCCAGCCCUACCAUGACAUGGACUCUUAUGAUCCCCAUACCAUCAGGGAUGCUGGCUUUGAACUGAGAGAUGAUCACAAGCUGUGUGAUAACUCUAAUCCUUAUAGAGGAUUUAAAGCUGUUUAUGUGUAAAGUUUGUCCAGGAACUUAAAGUGCGUCCAGGAUUUCCAAAAAGAAUGUCAGCUUUGGAUUUGUUGGUAUACAGUAGAGACCAGAAAAGCGUUUUUUUCUUUUUUCUUUUUUUUUCUGUUUGUGUCCUUGACUCUGAGUCUAGAUCAUCACUCUGUCUGACCUGGAGUGUGAUUAUAUCAACGCACGAGCAUGCUGCUCCAAACUCAACAAAGUGAGUCUCUUCCACGUUUAAACCUUUUAUCUUUUUUUUUUUCUCUCUUGAAUGUUGUAGAGAAGAGUUUCUGACUGUUCUGAGCUGGUUGUUUGCUCCUUUUUUAUCGGCAGUGGGUGAUCCCAGAGAUGGUGGGUCAGUGUCUCUCCACCAUGCUGAUGUUGGUCUCCAUGCACUGGUUCAUCUUCCUCCUCAACCUGCCUGUAGCAGCCUGGGACAUUUAUAGGUAGGACAUCAGCGUACAGGGCUGCACAAUCACAGGAUAAGUGAUAAACAAGAAGAUUAUGAUCAUUGUUAGUCAUCACCACUAUUGAUUCAUUUAGACACUCUUUUCACUGUUACAGCCUUGACCAAGUCUGAUAGUGAAUAACAGAGCACAGGUAUGCCCAAUAACAGAGACGUUAUCAGUCUAAUGGACAACAGCAUGUCUUAAUAAUGAUAGUCUUGAUGUACUUGUGCUUCAUUUGUGUGUGAUCAUCUUCUCGAUUUCAUUUUAACCUGGUCAGGUCAUAUUUUCAGGUAUGAAUUCAGGCCAGUGCACACUGGUCUACCUGGAGUCAUUUUUAUUUCAGCUCAUCACAAUGUGGUUAAAAAAAUUAAUGACGCUGCAAAAAAGCUCUUAAUUUUUAACUGUAUGUUCAUGUGGAGGACCAGCCAGAGGGCUCCAGCUACAUCCUCACUCUUAGGAGCUCAAGAUUGUUCACCUUAACAAUAUAAAGCUGUUUUUUUUUUUUGGUCCAUUAACCUAUCAGGUUUUGGAUGGUUGACCAGGAUUUUCUUAGGUUGCAGCAGUUCUAAUCUGUGCAGCUGAUCCAUGCAACACAGCUGUCUGUGUGAGACAGAGGCCUGUGGUUAUCAAAGACCACAGUCCAGGUACAGAGACACACCUGCAGCUCCAUCCCUCUUCUGAUUUCUCCUCAGGUACUUGAAGGUUCCCAUGGGAAACAUGGGCGUGUUCGACCCCACCGAGAUCCACAACCGGGGUCAGCUCAAGUCCCACAUGAAGGAGGCCAUGAUCAAACUGGGUUAUCACCUGCUCUGCUUCUUUAUUUACCUUUACAGGUGAGGCGAGCAGUACACACACACUCUCUGAUUUGAAAACAUGAGCCUUUUAUUUACACACAAUUCUGUCCCUCCAGCAUGAUCCUGGCUCUGAUCAACGACUGAGGCCCUCCCUGCAGGAUCUCUGACCCCCUGAUGCCAAACUCCAGAUUUCCCCCCUCCACCUCCACUUCCUCCAGUCCUCUGAGUGUGUGUGUGUGUGUGUGUGUGUGUGUGUGUGUGUGUGUGUGUGUGUGUGUGUGUGUGUGUGUGUGUGUGUGUGUGCGUGCAUGUAAGCGUGCAUGCUCUCUCUGAGGUUUUAUCUGUCGGUUAUCACUAUCGGAGAGAAUUCAUCUCUGCAGCACUGAGGUUGAUGUUUAAUUAUUAAACAUUUCAGCACGUCAUCCUCUGAUAUGAGACCAAUGCUGAGAUUCAAUCUUCAGACUCUAACACACUUAAAAGUCAGUUUAAGAUUCCAACACACCAUAAACCUUAGAGUAUUGUCGUCUUUUACAGUCUUUCCAUUGCUGCUGCUCAUUUGAUUGCAUUGAUUAGACUAGAUAACCGGAUCCUGUUUCAAUCCAGAAUCUCUGUUCUAGAUUCAAUUCACAUCGGUAUCUUCAAACUCAUCCUCUUUGUCCAACACUGAUUUCAACACAGACUUCAUUCAGAUUUUAGCUCAGUCCUCAUAUCCAUCUGAAGGUGACAUUAGCCUCAGCCUGCUAUGUUUACAGAUGCAUAAAAAGAGCAUUAGCAGCUGCCUCUCUCUGUCUCAGCAGCUGUGAACCAGCAACUUUGAUCUCUGAGUUUUUGACGUUUCUGCUGCAGCUUCUUGGAUUAUUUCCCAGCAGUGAGUCUUUCAUGGCUCUGAUUUGUGUUUUUGCUCUAAAGGUUCCUCUCUGUGGUUCUGCAGAUUAAAUCAGCAAACACUGAGGAAGUUUGUGUUUAAACAGAGCACACAAAGGCUAGAAGAUGUGCAAGAAAAUAUCACCACACCUUUAGAUCAGCUGCAAGGGGCAGAGAGAGUUCUGUGGUUAGCUGAUCAGUUAUGAUUUUUUGUUGAAUGUGCCUUUUUUUAUGUUCCUUUUACGGUUAAAAUGAGAGGUUUCUGCUCAUGUUCGUUUCAUCUGUUGACAUAUUUUAUUGUUGGUACGAACAGGAGUGUUAAACUCUGAGUCUGGACAGUUCAGGAUUUUUGUCUGAGGCAAAACUUCAGAGUGAUUUUGAGGCCUGAACGGUGAAAUUAUCAACUUCUCUGGGGUGACUCUGCAUGAAAAUGAUUUUGCAAAACUCCCCUAAAAGCACUAAACUUCAUGGAAUUGAAUGGGCCCUUAUAAGAUGAUCGUAAGGAGCAAAAUGAGUAAAUAAAUCGGUCUUUAUGUGCUGCAGAGUCAGAGCACCCUCUGCUGGACAAACUACAUAAAGGCGCCAUUUCUGAGCCGAUCAGGCUGUAGGAGCUGCAGCAUUUGAUCAUAUUUUAAAGACCACAGACUGCAGAUGAACUGAGCAGAGGGUGAUAACUGUGACUACAGAGCACCACAUAUGCUGGUGAAAACUGAAAAAGGAAUAACAACAAAUCCUGAAGAUUUAAAAGAUUGAAGCUUGUGAGGUUGCUCAGCUUUGACCGUGCUCUGACACUGUGCGCACACAAACACAACCAGCAGACCACCAUCACACACACAUACACACACUCUCAUAUCUGACUCAGUAUGAGCUUUUUUGUCCCAUGUGUAUUUUGCCAUAUAGAGUUUGUCCUGUCAGUGUGGACAGACACAAAUAUGUGUGUGCGAUUGAUGGUUUAUUUCUGUGUGAGAACAAACCUGCACUGAUGAUGUGUUUUCUGACUAAAUACACACACACUGGAUCAGAUGAGCAGCAAGUUGUGUGUGUGUGUGUGUGUGUGUGUGUGUGUGUGUGUGUGUGUGUGUGUGUGUGUGUGUGUGUGUGUGUGUGUGUGUGUGUGUGUGUGUGUGUGUGUGUGUGUGCGCGCGCGUGCGUGCGUGUGUGAGGACUGAUAUUCAUGGACACACACAGUUCAUCCUGCUCUGUUUUAAAGGCCUUUAAUGAACAAAGUGUCUCAGUUCACUCCAGUCUGUCUCAUCAGUGUUCACUCUGUUCAUGAUUUUUUCUUUUUGAGGGAGAUUUAAUGUUUCAUAAAUAAAAGUGAAAGACAAACUGUC